AAAAGUGGGAAGAGAGGAAGAACGCGCUGGCGCGCGGAGGGUCUUGCUGCCGCCGUCGCCGCUAGUCCAGCCGCGUGAGAGAGAGAAGGUUCGCAGAUGAAAGGCGCAGCAGGAGGAAGAGGACCCACGCCCUAUCGUCGCCGUUCACGAGGGCCACAAGCCGCGUCUCUGUCGCUGAGGAAGGAAGGAGCACGAGCUUCCGCCACCAUCGUCGCCGGCGAUGUCGCGAAGAGGAGAGAGAGGGAUCGGGCAAAGGGAGAACAAUCCGCGCCGCCAGCUGCGUCCGCGGGAGGAAUCGCCGCCGUUCGUGUCUACUGUCGCUGUCAGCUUCGCGCCGAGCUCCCAUGGUUGUCGCCGCCGAAGCCUUCACCGUCCUUGCCGCUUGAGCUGGCCACCGGAAGAGAGAAGGUGACGGUGGUGGGAGUUGCCGUUACAAUUCUAACUCUGCUCGUUGAAGGAUACUGGAAAAUGCUAUUGCAGUUGCAGGAGGACGCUCUUACCAUUCCGAACCCCGUCUGGUUCUAGUUUUGGUACUGGCCCGACUUGUUUAAGCUGAUUUCGGUUCUUCUUAGUGCUGGAAUUCCGCCGCCGCUCUGUUUCUAUAGGUCCCCUAAUUACAUUAUUAUAUGUGCGAUUAGAGUUGUUGUGCUUGCCGGGAGUUGUCACUGAAGCUGUUGGGCCCGCCGUGGUUGCACCCAGGAUGCUGCUGCGUUGCCGGAGACCACAGCUAAAGCCUCUGUCUUCUUGAGUUUCUAUUGCCGCAAAUUACUUAGUUGUGCGCCGUUGCCGAAACCGGUCCAGAUUUACCGGUAACGGUUUCUUCCUUUCUUGAAUUUGUUCUGCUUCUAUUUUGUUCCACUAUUCUUAUUAUUGUUGGUGUCUCUGCUGCCUUAAUCACUCUGAGUGAUGUUACUACCGCUAGGACGGGUGUCCGGGUCAGAUUCCUGUUCUUCUGCCGCUAGGAGCCGACACCAGAACUGUUCCUAAUGAUUCUGGGCUGAUAUCUUUUUCUAUUCUAGGUUAUUUACAUGUUUUACUAUUUUUGCCAUGCUUAUUCUGAUUCAAUUUUUGAAUAUGUAAUUGUUUGGGUUUCUUGAAGUUGUUUCAGCUGCUGUAAUUGCGAUUUGUAAUAAUGUGGUCGCUAUAAGAGGCAUUAGAGCUGUUGCUAUUUUCGUGGGGUUAAUACUAAUCGUUGCUUCCAUGAACUAAAAGGAGAGGGAAUUAUCAAGAUAAAUUUGUGCGAACUCGGUUAAUCGAGAGGACAUCAAUUUGGACUUUGAUGCUGAUGCAGAUGUUGAGGAGGAGUCUAGUGAUGACGGAUAUGAAACGACAGAGGAUGAACCAUAUAGACCACCCCCAGAAGAAUUUGAGGAUGAAGAUAGUGACUCAGAUUGUUUGAUUGUGAAGAGAAAUACUAGAAAAGUUGGCAAAAAAAAAAAACAGAGGAUGGUGUAGGAAUGCAGAGUUUACAGAGGAAUAUAGGUGCAAGAAGGAAGGCUUUAAAAGAGAAUAAGAAAGCUACAGAUGGGCCAAGUACAAUCAAGACAAACACUAAUGGAGCUACUGGUUCUAGAUCAAAGUAUGCAGGCCCAAACAUGUCAAGGGCUGCUGUUGCUGCUAGGCCCAACAUUAGGGCUCCAAAAAAUGCUGGACAAAAAGGUCAUGGGUCAACUUCAUCUGGCCCAACUGCAAAUGGGCCAAAAACUGUUAGAACAAAGGCUGGAUUGCCAAAUUUUGAGAAGAAGAGGCCAGUUGGCAGACCUGUCAAGAGAAGAAGAAAAGAGUCAUCCGAGACUAAAGUGAGCAGAACUGACGGCAACAAAGUUAAUAAGACAUUUCGAGUUACUUGUAGCAAGUGUGGAGAGAUUGGCCAUAAUUACAAGACUUGCAAAGGACCUCCAGCAGCAACAACUAGACGUCCAACUAAUCCAAAUAGAAGAAAGACAAAGGCUGGUGCAAAUCCUGGAACAUCAAACCAACCUGCAGAGGAGAUACAUUUCUCACAAUCAGCACCCCAGGUGCAGAAUAUGGUCGAUCAUCCUAAUUCAACUCAGCCCACAGCUAAUGCACCAGGUUUUGUGUCUAGUAUGGGUGCAGCAAAUUCUAGAGCGACAAUUCUCCAAAGUGUAAGGGCCAAGCAGCCUAUUAUUAGACCAUAAUAUCCUGCACCAGUCCAGUCUAGCACUCCACCUCCUAUUCCACCACCUAGACCAAGUCAAGGCGUCUCGGUAGAAACAAUUGCAGCGGCAAGUGAAGGUACUACAUCAAGGAUGUUCCAGUUUAUUCCUAAUCAUGGGUUCAAGCAUCUGAGACAGAAAUGAACGAAGACAAAUGAUUAUGCUUUUUGAUGUAAUAGUUUGGUUUGUAUUUUGGUAGUGAGCUUUCAAGUUGAUGGACCUAAACUUGAAAUACUCUUAAUUUAGAGAUUGAUGAUAGAGUAGUGUGGAUGAAACUUUUUUAGUGAAUUAUGUUUCGGCUCAUGUAUGGCCGAAUUCUCGAAUUCUGACUUUAGUUUAAGUUGCUACUAUGACAGUUAUGUUGUUUUGAUUAGGUCGAA